GCCCCCGGCCCCGCGCGUCUGCCGCCGCCCGCCGGGCGCCUUCCCCGCGCCGCUUGCUUUCGGUCCCCGUCUCUCCGGCCGUUCUCCCUCCUCCCCUCCGUCCCGCCCCGUCCAGCCCGGGCUUCCCGGCGCCGGCAGGCCCCCCCACCGCCCGCGUUCCUAUGGACAGACGCACAGACACCUGCAGGAAAUUAAAAAAAGGAAUGUCAAAGGAAGUCUUUCAUACAGAAGGAAAAUGAUACCAGCUGGCUUGUCUGAAUCUUUGCGAAGAAAUGAAAAUCACUAGAAGUAACUAUGUAGAUAGGAGAAUGACAGAGAAAGCAGAAGCAUUGACAGGAAAGAAAAAGGAAGGAACAGAGAAUGAAGAGGGUGUGUUGAAACUGUGAGAAACACAUGGAUUUAUCACAGCGGCUAUUCACUGAAAGACGCUGCUGAUCCUGUAACAUGGAGGAUUGCCUUCACACCUCAUCUGAGAAUCUGUCCAAACUGGUCAGCUGGGCCCAUAGCCAUGGGACCAUCUGCAGCCUCAUUCCAAACCUGAAACACUUGCUUUCCGAAGGUUCCCAUGGGAACCUGACAGCAAUGUGGGGCUGUAGUGCCGGCCAUGCUUACCACUGGCCACUGACAGCUACUUGCAGAGCUGGGUCCCAAGAGAGGGUCUGUUUCCAGGAUAACCGAAGUUUUAACUCUGACAGUCCCAGUAUAAUUGGGGUGCCCUCCGAGACACAGACCAGCCCCGUCGAAAGGUACCCCGGGAGGCCAGUGAAAGCAAAGCUGGACUGUAACCGGACCAGAGACUCUUGUGACUUUUCUUACUGCAGUGAGCCUUCUGAACUGGAUGAGGCCGUUGAAGAAUAUGAAGAUGAAAAUACCCUGUUUGACAUGGUGUGUGAAUCUUCUGUUACAGAUGAGGACAGUGACUUUGAACCCCAAACCCAAAGGCCUCAAAGCAUUGCUCGAAAAAGGCCUGCAGUGAUCCCUUCUCUCCACUCAAGCUCCCAGGUUCAGAUGGUUGAUGAAUGCAGCAAUGAUGUCAUCAUCAAGAAAAUCAAGCAAGAGAUUCCCGAAGAUUAUUAUAUUGUGGCAAAUGCAGAGCUGACUGGGGGGGUGGAUGGACCAGCCCUGUCAUUGACGCAGAUGGCAAAACCCAAGUCUCAGACUCACGCUGGCCCCUCCUGUGUAGGACCUGCUAAGCUGAUUCCCCAUGUAACAUCUGCCAUCAGCACAGAGCUAGAUGCACAUAGUGUGUCUGCAUCCCCCUCUAUGAUCUCCAGGCCAGUUGUCCAGAAGACCGCCAGGGUAUCUCUGGCUUCACCAAACAGAGGACCUCCAGGUGUCCAUGGCACCAACCAGCAGGUGGCAAUGCAGAUGCCCGUGAGCACAUCCCAUCCCAACAAACAGAUCAGCAUACCUUUGUCUGCCCUGCAGCUGCCUGGGCAGGAUGACCAAGUGGCUUCUGAAGAGUUCCUGCCCCAUCUGCCCAGCCAGGUCUCCUCCUGUGAGGUAGCCCUUUCUCCUUCGGUUAACACUGAGCCAGAAGUGAGCUCCAGUCAGCAGCAGCCCACAGUUGCUCCAACCAUAACCACGGAGGCCACGGCACAGUGCAUACCAGACCAGGAUGAAAGAGCAGCUGAGCUCAGCAGGGAGCAGAACGAGAAAACCAUCCGGAGCACGCAGACUGCGCUCCGCAAUUUCCGUGAGUUCCUCAUCUCCAAGUAUCCUUCGGAAACAAGAGAGAUUUAUGUCAUCCCUUGCAAGGAGUUGGAUGCCUACCUUGCCUCUUUCUUUGUUGACGCCAGGCAGAAGGAUGGGUCUGAAUAUGAACCCAACAGCUUGGCCAAUUACCAGUGUGGGCUUGAGCGGUACCUGAAAGAGCACAGGUACGGCUACAGCAUCACCAGGGACAAGGAAUUCAAGCGUUCCCAAGAGGCCCUGAAACAGAAGCAAAUUGAACUCCGCUGCAAAGGAAAAGGAAAUAAGCCACACAAGUCCAUGAAGCUCACCUUCGCCGAUGAGCUCAUUCUACGGAAAAGGGGACUGCUAAGCCGGUAUAAUCCUGAGGGUCUGCUCAACCUUGUCUGGCUCAACAACACAAAAGCUUUUGGGCACUGCACGGGCUUCCAUGGAUCUACCUUGAAAUGGGGUGACAUCCGGCUCCGGGUAACAGAAACAGGCUUGGAGUACUUGGAGUGGAUGGGUCAAGACACUGGAGACCUGAAUGCCAAAACCAAGAGAGGUGGUGCAGACUCCCGGGUGUAUGCCACCCAGCACGCCCCUCAGACCUGCCCCGUCCAGGACUACAAGGAGUAUGCCCAGCGGCGGCCUCCUGCCAUGCGCUAUGAGGAUGCCCCUUUCUACUUGUCCAUCAAGCCAGUUGUGAACUUGGCGGCUCUGCACUGGUACAACUGCCAGGCCCUCGGCAAGAACAAGCUGGCCAAGAUGGUGAAGACCAUGUGUGAGAAGGGCAACAUCCCUGGCAGGAAAACUAACUUCAGUGUGUAUCAGAGCUGCAGCACCUUGUCCGAGGCCCAGAGCAACCAGCUGGUGCUUAUCUGUAACAACCUGAGCCAGCAGGCUGCUCAGCCAGUAGCUGGCCACUCCAACAGUGGCAAUUUCAUCGUCUCUGCCUCCUAUGACUCUUCCUCAGACACUGCUUGACCAGGUUGCUUGAGCAAGACCGUGAUUUGGUUAUUGUGUCUAGAGAAACUGUUAUACACUGCUUCUCGUUCCCUUUUCUCUGCCCUCAGUGUUAACUUUAUAAAGAUAUAAAUAUAUAAUAUAUUUUUCUUUUUACAAAUAAGCCAAUGGAGAUAGUUUAGUAUUACUUAACAUAGUAUUUAUAGGUUUAUGACAAUGUACUUGUGGGUGAUUAAAUAUUAUUACUGUUAUAGACUUUAUAAGACCAUAGUAGUUCUCAGGCAACACAAAGUAGCAAAGGAAUAUUCCAUUUUUUUUAAAAACUGUCAGAAAGGAAACUGAGGGUCAUCUUAACCACUGUGUCCUCGCCUCCUGCUUUUCCUUCCCACCUCUCAUUUUUAGUCUACUAAAUAAUGGCUUUAUUUUUUUAAUUUUUAAAAUUCUAUAUUAAUCAGGAGGAGACAACACUAACUUUAUUUGCUUAUACAAAAUUGUAUUUACUCAGAUCGAGAAUAUGAAAGUGUUGAUAAAUACUUGACAGCAAAUCAUUUCCAUACAUUGUCUUUAAAACUUGAUUAGAAUUUUAGCUCUGUGCCUCAUUUUUUGCAAUGUAUGAAAAUCCAGUAUUUUUAGCUAACAUCUUUUCUUUUGGGAGGGUGGGGGGAGGAAGAGGGAAUAAAGUUGCCAUUCAUUUUGGAAGAUAUAUAAUUUUAAAAUAAUAUGCAAAGUCUAAUAUUGUGGCAAAAAGACUGUUACCUAGCUAAAUUUUACUGUUGUGCUUUGAACCUGGAUCAUCACAGAAUGUUUUGUUGUUCUCUAAGAAGUCAGUAUAGAUGAAAUUUACCAGAUUUACAAGAAAUUUAAAAUGGCUAAGGCUUUGAAAAUGUUCCCAAGCAUUAGAUUGUAUAUUACAGCACAAAGAGAAGGUAGAGAAUAGGCAAGUGUUACUAAGAAUCUAUAAGUAUUAAUGGAGACAACAAAAAAACUUAACCUUCUUCAAAGCUCAGAUCCCCUGAAUUAUUUAUUUUUAAGCUUUAAACUUUGGUCUCUUUUCCUUAGGAGGUUACUUGACUCUGUAGUUGAUAUUAUAGGAUUUUAGGUAACAUUUUGUUAUCAGAUUUAACUGAAUUCAAAGGAUUCUUGAAAAUGUGCAAAGUUUCUUCAGCAGUAAAUAUAAAUACAUUUAUCUGUUUUAGUCUGCAAUUAUAGUUAUGACAAUUCUGGUUAGAUAAGAUUUACAGUGGUUAUUUCAGGGUCUUUAUUUUCAAGUUUUGAAGCCUGUAGUGAAUUAUUAAGAUACUUCAAAAGUAAGAUAAAUCUAGACUUUAGAACCAAAAUAAAGCUGAGCUAGAUUCCUACCCUUUGUGAUCAUUUACACACUGAAACCCCAACUCUUAAUUGCUUUGUUGGAUCUGGGCACUUUAUUGGGAGGUAUUUGUUCUUUGAGACAAUCCCAUCAUUCAUAUUAGCUAGGAAGGUAGAUGGUAAUUUAUCUGUUAAUUUACUAUAUGCCCUAUAGAUUUCACUCUGAUUUGCAUUACAAAAUCAUCAUGUUAGCUGAGGUUUCCUGUGGCUGGGCAACCCUUUCCAACACUAAAUCAUAAACACAUAAAGACCUGUUCCUCUAAGUUUUGCUUUUUCGUUUGGCUAUCGAUUGGAAGGUCUACCAUAGACAUUAUACCUUCAUUUUCAUGACUUUCCUCUGUGGAGAGGCAUCCAUUUAUAUGUCCAGAGAUAAGAAGAAAGGUGAGAAGACUCACUGAGGGGAUGAUGUCUUGCUUUAUUUUCUUGCCAUUAAUAAUGAUAGUUGCCAUUUUUGAGUGUGCAUGCCAGCACUGUUCUAAGUGACUUAGAUCUAUUACUUAUAUAAUAGUUACUAAUUGUAAGAAAAUUAGAAAAUACAAAGAUGCAUAAAGAAAAAAAUUCAGUACUCAUAAAUCUGCUAACCAAAGGUAACUACUGUUAGCAUUUUGGUAAAUGUUUCUCCAGACAUGUUUUAAUACUUAAAUAUUUAUUUCUAUAUACAUUAUCUUUAAUCCCUUUAACAACUCUGACAUGAAGGUGAGUUGUCUCCAUCUUACAGUGAGAUCAAGACAAGUGAAUUAGAUUAGAGCUAAGGAAAUGGUUACUAUCUGUAUCAGACUUGAGAGUUUUUUCUACCCACCUUUCUCAGUACCAACUUGGUAAUUAGUUUCCAGUGAUUUGAGCCAGAGAUGGAGACACACUGUCUUCCCCUUUCUCAAGGAUGUAUAAGGAUUAAAAGGAACACUCAGUGAUCUUUCAUGGUGGCUGCUGUGUCCUUUAGUCCCCCCCAACCCUCUCCCCCUUCAUUUUGAGUCACACGGCCUUUCUCUCAGUUCUCUUGACAAAAACUUCCUAUUCUCCUUAUUCUAUAACCAGUCUAUAAAUGCACAAGAUACACUAUUUUAAAACAACUCUUUUAAAAAACAAUAUUAAUUUUAUGUGGGUUACCUCCUCGUGUUUAAAAAAAAAAGUUUCUGUAAAACACUUAAGGUUUGUUCAUUUUAUUUUGGCAUUGACGUAUUUUCUAGAUUCUUGGUAUGUUUUUGACAGCAAAGUAAGUUCGUUGUGAGGAAGAAGGGCAAUAUGCAUUGAGGAAGCAGAACUCAAAAAUUCUGAACCCUAUGUAUGUUUUGUGAGGUACUCAAAUGGAAAUGUAUCUCCUGUUUAAUCCUAUCAUGUUUUCACUUGGAUGGAACACAACUGACACUGUGAAUUAUUCAUUUUUAUUUAUUUCUAUUUUGCUGUGAUAAACCAAAUAGGAACAUUGUUACAUUAAAUUCAGAAGACUGCUUUCUGAAGAAUGGCUUGGUAGAAGUCUAGCCAAAUUAUAGCAUCUCUUUGAGUUAAUUAAAUUAUGAAAAAUUAUUAGCAACUACCUCUAAAUUUUGUGUUUUUAUCUAAACAAUGCUGAGGACAUACCACUGGCAGAUGCCAUUUUUAUUAUUUGUAAUCUUGACUUUCUAAAAAAUCAUGUUCAUACUGUGGCAGAGAUAGAUGCCAGAAUUGUAUGUAUGCUUUAGCUGAAGUCCAACAGUCCAGAAAGUAUUCACCGAAAUUGAAAGAGCUGCUUUUUCUGGCAAUCCUGUAGUUCGUGCAAAACCAAUAAAGCCAUAUUUGCAAGGUUUGCAAUUUAAGAUCAAUGUAAUGCCAUAUAAGAAAUUGUCCAGUGCCCCUCACAUGACUCUGGAAGUUUUACACUGUCUACAGCAAAAACACUGAACCCAUCUGUCAUCCUCUGGAUGAUAUAGCCGUUUCAUUUGAUCUUUCUUCCAUAUUCAUGAGAGUGACUGGUUAUGGAAAACCUGAACACAUGGAUGUUAACAGGUUUUUGGGUUUUCUUUUAAAUUAUAAUGUUUGAGAAAGGUAAGAGAUACAGGAUGGUUAUACAGGACAGCUUAUACUUAAGAUUCCAUUUGUUAUGGUUAAUAGGGCUAGUCUGAAUAUGAUUCAUAAGUAUACAUCAGCUAAAAUAUUUGUCUUUUAUAAUACUUAUGAUUUUUUCCUGUGUUAAAUCACUCCAGAUCUACUAAAGAAUAGCCUGAAGUUUUCUAGCAUAGAGCAGAUCUCUUUAGUUUUUCAAUUAUAUCAUUGUUAACCUUUCAUAGUAUUAAUUAGUGUAAAUCAAAUGGCGUAGCUUCCAGAUGCCAUUAAAUCAAAUGACUUUACUGAGAUGAAAAUUUAGUUGCAUCAACAAGUAUUUAUUGAGCACUCACACUAAAAGAAGUACAAAGAUGUCUAAUAUAGUCCCUGCUAUCAAAGAAUUGAUAAAAGAUACUGUAAUGAAAUUUCCAUUUCAUUCUUGACAGCCCAGUGAAAAACUGUGGCAGUACUAUUUUGCGUAAUUUUCCAAAUUGUUUGUACUCAUGCAAUUAGCCACUAUUUAUUCAUUAAAUAUGUUGUAUUGCUGCAGAAUACGAGAAACUACUUUGAGAUUUUUGUGGAGAAUCUUCCUUGGGGUCUGUUUUAAAAUCAGUAAUAAGGCAGAGUCAUCUCGGCAGUAUCUGUUAUGUUCCCGUAGAUACACACAUGCCUAACAAUGUUAACUAUCAUUUAUUGAGCGCCACUGUGCUGCUCUGUGAGUUGUUUGACUUAAUUCUCACAAUAACCCUGUGAGGAAGAUUAUCAUUAUUUUUCUUUUAUCAGUGAGGAAAUCCAGAGAGGUCAAAUGGGUUGUCCCCAUGACAGUUAAUACAUAAGGGCAUCAGGAUCUGAAACUCAAGCCAGCUCCCAUUCAGCACUGUGCUUUUCUGCUGCAGCUGUUUGUUCUCACAGUGAUUUGCCAUGCUUCCAUAGACCCUCUGAAGUGGUCAAUUAUAUAUGAAAUAAAAUCAUCAAUAUUCAUUACUAUCUCCAACUCAAUUGAGAUCAUUGCCAUCCGUCACCAGGCAUGUUGGUUAGCACAUUAUUCGGGCCCCAUUACUGUGGGUUUUUUGUUUGUUUGUUUGUUUUGAGCUGGGACAGUGAACAGUGUGUGUUUCUGGCCAUGACAAAAGAGCAAAGGUGUUUGUGUCACUCUUUAAAGAAUGCUUAGCUUUGUCAUGGAGGUGAAUGUACAUGUUUGUGUAUUUAAGUGGUUGUUGUUUCUUUUUACCUCAGAACCAAAAAUCCAAUUCAGUAGCAUUCCCUGUAAUACAAACAGGGAAGUUCUAGGCAGAGGAAACAAUUUUCUUAAGCUCAGAAGCAGAUAUUGCUGUUGAUGAGAUACCUGAAUAUUGGUUACCAGUCUACCAGAGAGUUUGUCUCGCCUGCGAGUAUGGUGCCAGCAAAUUCACAGUAUUUCAUAGAGGGCUUUAUUGUUGUUGUUUUUAAUGAAUCAUGAUUGUUGUAACAGAAAGCUUUUGGGGGAAAAUAUAUUGUCCUUAUGAUUCCCAGAAUUGUAGUUAGACAUAAAACCAGUUCAGAUUUUUUUCUAGUUUGACUAGCUCCACAGUUUAGUGUGAGACAGACACUUCUGAUUUGAAUCAGCCCUGUUUUGACUGGUUUUCCUUAUUUAUAAUGGAGGUAUAGUUUGAUCUUUAUUUCUUUAGCCAAAAUAAAGUUGUUAUACUUAGCAUCUAUAUCUAAAAACCCUCUUAUUAUGUGAUAGAAGAAAUAAAUUUCCAAACCUUGGGGGAAGAUGGUGUAUGAUAAGUUUUUGUAGGAAGAUACUUUUUAAAAGGUUCAUUGAUGAAAAAAUAGUUACAAAUAUUAAAGAAUUAACAAGUUCUCUCCCAAUCAUUUCAAUGCAUUUUUCCCAAAUAGAACUUCUCUGCACGUCUACCUUGUGAUAUGGUUCACAUGGACAGUUCCUUGUUAAGAAACAAACCAUUGGUAAAGCCAUCCCCCAUUAUUUUUUGUUUUCUUUUUCACUCCCCCACUUGGGUCUGGCUGAGAUGAAAUGAGUGCAUAACUUUUAAUGAGGCAAAGCAUGAUGAAGCUACGAUAAUUUUAGAGAUCUGUACCAGGGAAUAGAAUCAGGACAAAGAAAUAACGCUGCAGAUAUCAUCCUUGUUGUAUUGUCUAGUUGGAGUAUUUCUAAUGAACAGUAGAAAAGAGUCCAGGGGUGUUAUUGGUAAACUGCCAACAGCUCUUUCAUUUUUCUAAACAGAAAAAAAGAAAAUAUUAUUUAAAAUUUCUCAUAGUCCAGCCUGUUUGCAGAUUGACCAAUAGGACCUGCUGAAGCUGAGGGAAAGACCCGAUUUGGUUUUGAAGAUUGCAUUUAUUAUAAAAGAUUGAAUUAAAAACAUUUUAAUUGAAUUUUUACAUAAAGCAUCACUUUGUUGAGUUAGAAUCAGAAUAUAAAUUAGGCCAGAAUACUAAUUUGAUUAGAAUAUUAAGUCAGUAUUCAUGUAAACCAUCAUCUUUGUUGAAUUACAAUCAUCGAGUCUAGACCUGGAAAAGACCCAAGAGGUCACCAAGCCCAGGGAUUUUCAGUGCUAUGAAGAAUAGGGGUCAACAUGUACUCUGGAGCAAAGGGGACACCCCCAAACACAGACUCCCCAGGGGUUCUCUAUUCUCAGUGCCCCCAGCUUCCUUCUUUGAGAUUCACCAGAAUAAAUGAAACACUGUUACAUUUAUUAUGCAUCCUUCAGGUGUGGUGGGGUGGAAAAUAAGACUGGAAACAUUUGAACCAAUCACUCCUCUAUUUUCACAGAGAAAAGUGGGCCCCAGAGAGACUAAAUAAAUGCCUAGUUGCACAUCCCUUGUUAGGGGCAGAACAGGACUGGGCCAUAGAAAGUAUAUAGGGAGGAAAAACCGACUUUCCAUUUCUACUACAUUAGAAAGGAAAUCUUAAAUCUUGUUUUAAAAAUUAUAAUUGUUUUUAAGUCCUCAAUCAGCUUUCUCCCUAUUAAGAAUUGGUUCCCAAAUAGGCUAUUUCUGCAUGUGGAUUUUCACUUUUUAUUGUGUAAUGUUGUAUCUUGAUUUUAGCAACUUCUCUUUUUGAAAUUUCAUAGGACAAUCUCUAAAUGUUAUUGUUUUCCUUUUUAUUUUAGCAAACAUCUCUCACCCUACCCCUUUAUAUUUAGUUUUCAAUUAUAGACUAUCUAUGAUUUUAAAGUAUAUGAA